UUUGGUGAGGGCGUUUCUAGGAAAUGCUCACCCGUGGACAUGUUAUUGCAUUAUUUGUCUCCACUGUACGACUUGCUCAGGACAGAGGGAACUUCCCUUCUCUGAUGAACACAUUGAGAAAUUUAGCUUUUUUUUACUACAUUGAUUUGCAACUUUGCGGCUGAAAUUAAACUGAAAUUCAAGUGAUACAGUGACAGUUAGUGAAUAUCUUUACUUGAGUUAGUAUGGGUUGCCGUCGAUACUAUGGAUAGGAAGUGUGAUGUAAACAGAACGGGUGUGAAUAUCCUUGAUUCAGCGUAAAUCAACACAGCCUUGCGUCUUGGCUAACUUGAUAGUUAGUUUUUACAGGUGUAAUUGACGAGUGGGUUGCUGUCUGGUUGCACGUUUCACAAGUCUGCAAGGGACACCUGCUGCUUGUCCAAUCUGGAGGCAUGGCUCAGUGGGAGGGACUGCAGCAGCUGGACCCAAUGUAUCGGCAGAAGGUCCAUGAGCUGUAUGACCGGGAUGAGUUACCAAUGGAUGUGCGCCACUAUCUUGCCACCUGGAUCGAGAGUCAGGAGUGGGAUCGUGCUGCACGGGAUCCAUCCUUGGCCGUGGUCCUCUUUCAGGUCCUCUUGGAGAACCUGGAUAACCAGUACAGCCGCUUUAUGCAGGAAGGGAACGGAGAGAGCUUUGUGCUGCAGUGUAACUUCAGAAAAUUCAAGCAGAAUUUUCAGCGUUAUCAAGAGGAGCCGUAUACACUGGCCAGCACCAUUCAGUGGUUCCUAACCAAAGAGAGAGAGAUUCUACAAAUGGCUGAACUAUCUAAUCAGGUGCAGUCAUUGCAGGUUCAGCAGGAAAACAUGGAGACGGACAACCAAAGGAACAUGCUGAAGAAGUUGGAGGACUUGCGGCAGAGGGUGCAGGUGAUGGACCACACCGUGAAGUGUUUGGAAGAGCAGCAAGACGAGUUUGACUUCAAGUACCAGACCCACAAAAUGGAAGCAACCGUUAGUCAGGCAGAUUUGAAGGUCCUGCAACUGAUGCUCAAUCGCUUGGAUCACUCCCGCAAGUCUCUGCUGUCCGCCAUGACAACUCUGCUGACCGUGAUAGAGGAGGUGGUGUCAGUGCUGGUGGAGGAGGAGCUGGUGCAGUGGAGGUGGAGGCAGCAGAAGGCCUACAUCGGAGCCCCCGAAGACUCAAGUCUGGAGAAACUUGAGGAAUGGUUCACAUCUCUGGCUGAGGGUAUGUUCCAAGUGAGAGAGUUCCUGCAGAAGCUUGAGGAGUUGUCUGGAAAAGUGACCUAUGAGAGGGAUCCCGUGAUUUCCCAGAAGUCUUUGCUGCAGCAACGGGCUGACAGCAUCCUUACCACUCUGCUCAAGAGUGCUUUUGUGGUGGAGACUCAGCCCUCCAUUCCACAGGGGAAGGGACCUCUAGUGCUGCGCACUAGUGUUCAGUUCUCUGUCAAAACCAGGUUCCUUGUGAAGGUCCCAGAACUGAACCACUCCAUGCAGGUGAAAGUUACUAUGGACAACGAUGCUCCUCAGGUGAAAGGAUAUCGGAGGUUCAAUGUGUUGGGAACGUCGACUAAGGCCUUGAACAUGACUGAGAGCCUGCAGGGAGGCAUGGUGGCCGACUUCAGACACCUGACGCUCAAGGAGCAGAAAGUGGGCGCAGGAGGGAAAGGCAUCAGCGAUCUCUCUCUAAGUGUUACAGAGGAGCUCCAUGUCAUAAACUUUGAGACAGAGUUUAACCUUCAUGGCCUUUCGUUAAAGCUAGAGACAUGCUCUCUUCCAGUAGUUGUGAUCUCUAACUCCAGCCAGCAACAAAGUGCCUGGGCUUCUGUGCUGUGGUUCAACAUGCUUUGCCGUGACCAUAAGAACGUGCUGUUUUUUGCGAACACAACACCAGCACCUUGGCCCCAGGUGGGGGAGAUGCUGAGUUGGCAGUUUCUGUCAGCUGCUGGGAGGGGCUUAGACACACAUCAGCUGGACACGAUCGCACAGAAACUGUUUGGAAAGCAGCAGAGCUACGACAAAUGCACCCUCUCCUGGGCCAGGUUCAGCAAGGAAAAUGUCCCAGAUAACAGCUUCUCGCUCUGGGUGUGGUUGGACGGUAUCCUUUGCCUGGUGAAGGCCUACCUGGCCGAUCUGUGGAAAGAUGGCUCUGUGAUGGGGUUCAUUAGUAAGGGAAGGGAGAGAACCCUGCUGAAGAAGAAGAUGGACGGGACCUUUCUGCUGAGAUUCAGUGAGAGUAUUAAAGAUGGAGGAAUCACAUUCAGCUGGGUGGAAUCAGAUCUGAGGGUAGGUAAAAGGGACGUGCGGAGUGUUCAGCCCUUUACCAAAACAGAUAUGACUCAGAUCCCAUUUGUCGAGAUCAUUCGAAACUUCCAGAUCCUGGAGGUUGGGAACGUUCCAGAAAACCCGCUGCGUUACCUUUACCCUGACAUUCCCAAAGACACGGCCUUUGGGAAAUACUACGAGGAGGGGAGCGGAGAGGACAGUCCGUACAUCAAAUACAUCAAGACCAAGUUGAUGUUUGUGUCAGAGAGCGGGGCUGAGGGCAACCUCUUGCAGCCAAUGAACAGUCUGUGUUCGCAGCACUGCGAUGAGGUCACCGCUCCAGUGGAGCCUCUGUCGAGCUGCAUGGAUAAGGUGUUGUUAAAUGAUGACGGGGAUCUGCCUCUGCCUCUGCUGAGCGCUGGGGCUCCAGCCAGUCCAGACAUAGCAAUGGAUGACGACCUGCUGCAAAGGUUUCUCAGUGACCCAAACAUGCUGGAGGGGUUGGACCUGACAGAAGACACUAGCUUUGCUGAGCUUAUCCUUAGUCCCUAAGUGCUUGCGCUGCUUACAGUGGUCAUCGGUGUAUGUGGCCAUGAUUUACUUAAACCACAACACACAUUUAAUAACCCCCAAAAGUCAUAUUUAAAUCCACACACUAUCAAACUAGCUGAAUAAACCAGCAUCACUGGUGGAAAAUAAAGCCCUUAAGCCUGGUUUUUGCCAGAUAUGCACAUUUUUUAAAUGUUUAAUUUGUUUGCUGAAUGUAUUGCCAAUCUUUAAUAAUUACUAGUGGAGAGGAAUAGGUUGACCCUUUAGUUGGGGUGACACCAAAACAAUGUGCACAGACAAUUAAGUCCUAUUUAAUUUAUUGAUGAAUCGCUAGUUACUUGUCCCAAGGCACUUAAGAUUUUUGUCUUAAAUAAUUGGAGUGACAGUUGUGGUUCUCACCAGCCAAGUGUUACUUCUUGGUCGUUUUCCCCUAGACUGAAUUUCACUGGAUUCGGACAGCAUCCAUCACUCUAAUGUAAAGGGUGUUUUGGAGCAUCAUUUUCAAUUUAAUUGGAAGGGGAUGGUAAUUUACAAGGAGCUGGUAGCUUGGUGUCACCAGACACGUGUUUAAUUAGCAAGUAGUAAUCCCAGCUGAGCUGUGAGCAAUAGGAGGACAGAGCCAGGAUCCAGUAUUCUGUAUUCUGAUCAUGCAGCUAUAACACUGGCUGACCAAGCGCUUUUUCACAGGGAGUUUCCAGACUAUAAUCCCAGUGAAAAUGUAGUUUAGGUAUAGUCUUAGAGUCAGGGUAUUCACUGCACAUGUAAACAUUAAAGACAUCACAUGAAUUAAAUGCCAUUACAUCUUGCAUAAUCAUUCUGCUUAUAUCUCAGUUUUGUUAUAGAAGUUUGUUGGUUACAUGACUGGACACUGGCUGCUAUGAUGUUGAAAAGCAGUUACAUUUCUAGCUUGUAAGUGCACGGAUCUGUUUGUCCUGUUUACCUUUGAAAGCAGUUGGAACGUAAGUGUAGAUUGUGACUUGUAUUUUCUUCUCUAUGUAAAUAAAGUCUCCCUUGUAGAAUGUA